CGCGGCAUGCCGGCCAAUGCGCAAGCCGAGCGUCAGAUUCGCCUUUCGAGGCGCAGCAGGAACCGAAGGAGGAGGAAAUGAAACUGCCCGCUGGCGUCUUUCUCAAAUAAGGGGCGCCCGCGGAUCCGUCUUUUUCGGCUCGCGCUGAGGGAGAAGCAGCAGGAGAGCAUGGGGGUCACCCAGUCCCUGGGGCUGCCUCACGGGAAGGGAGCCUUCCCGGUGGGCUGCACGGAUGUAAUGGUGGGACAGACGCCAAAGGGCCUCUUCUUUCGCUUAUUUUACCCCUGCAUCCAGCAGGAUGGGGCGGAGCAGCCCUUUUGGAUCCCUCGCUAUGAGUACUACUAUGGACUCUCCGACUACAUGAACAUGAACAGGAAAUGGUGCGCCCCGCUGCUCAGCGUGACGUUUGGUUCGUGCAAGAUCCCCGUGAGCUGGGAUGCUCCUUUUCAACCAUGUUCCCACAAGUAUCCAUUGAUCAUAUUCUCCCACGGAUUAGGAGCCUUUCGAACUGUGUACUCCGCCAUCUGUGUUGAAAUGGCUUCGCGUGGUUUUGUGGUGAUGGCGCUUGAGCACAGAGACCAUUCUGCCUCUGCCACUUACUUUUGCAAGUUGGAUCCUGAAACUCCAGACUUCCCUGAGGCUCAGAUACGGGAAGAAUGGCUCUCGUAUCAAGGGGUGCCGAAAGGUCAGAAGGAGUUUCGCUUCCGAAACCCACAGCUUCAUCAAAGAGCAAACGAGUGCAAACGAGGACUUAAGUUGAUCCGGAGCAUCGAUAGCGGCAAGGCUGUCGUCAACCUCUUGCGCACUGAUUUUGAUCUGUCUGUGCUGAAGGACAACGUGGAUUUGUCCAAAGUCUCCGUCAUGGGCCACUCUUUUGGAGGAGCGACAGCUGUGCUGGCUCUUGUUAAAGAAGCCCAGUUUAAGUGUGCUGUUGCCCUUGAUGCCUGGAUGUUCCCUUUGGAGAACUCUGUCUACCCGAAAGUGACCAAGCCAGUGCUUUUUGUCAACACCGAGUCCUUUCAGACUGCGGAGAGCGUGGCCAAAAUGAAAAAGAUCAGCGCUGUGAACAAGGAAACCAAGGUUUUAACCAUCCUGGGUACCGUCCACCAGAGUCAGACUGAUUUCACCUUCAUUGCGGGGAACCUCAUGAACAGAGUCUUCAGAACCAGAGGGACCAUCGACCCCUACGAGGGCCUUGACAUCACCAACCAGGCCGCUCUUGCCUUCCUGCAGAAACACCUCCAGCUGAAAGAAGAUUUUGAUCAGUGGGAUAGUCUUCUGGAAGGCAUUGGCGAUUCUGUAGUUCCGGACAGUCCUUUGCAGAAGUCCAGCCUCUAGACCUGGGGGAACAAACUUAACUCAAGUGUUUUUGGACAGUCUCCGUUUUCCCCAACUUAUGAAGCUGGGGGAGCACGUUCUAAAAAUCAGUCGCUGUCGAGACACAGCACCUGCUAUCAACUUCAUGGUGGGUUUGUUCUUGCUGCUGCUACAAGAGUUCCCUAAACAUGCUCCUGAUCUCUCCAGGACUACAGAGAGGUGAUGAGAAACGCUUACAUCUUUUGGGCUGAUCUGUCUGUUCCUCUGUCAUUGUUUGGAGGAAUAGAAAUAAGGGUUGUCAUUUUGGAGACCCAUCCUUGAGGAAGUUCUCUCUUGCACAAAGUCUUGCUGAGAUAAGGGAACUCGACCACAACAUAGCACGUUUGGGCUGAAUUCCCCCUUUGAUGGCAUCCUUUGCCACACAAAAUUAGCAGAGUGCUUUUUUUUUGGAGUUGUGAAACAUUUAUGAACAAGACAAAAAAUGUCAGCCAAAUAGUGGCAUCAAGUGAAUGAAGGAUUGGACCUAGUGGUCUACAGCUCACCAUAGAAACUAGAAUGAAGAUUAUACCAGGUUGGAGAAGUUCAGGUCUGUGUAGAAGCAUCUCUCUCUGAAUGCUCUCUUUAUAUAUACCAGUUAUUUCACAGAUGUUCUCACAACUAUAAUCAUCUUUCAGAUUGAUUCCUAUUGGUGCCUCUGUAGGCUUUUUUUAAAAUAAUUGUACCCAAACAAUAAUGCAAUCUGUUUGGGGCAUAGUGAAGCUCUCUAUGCAGUUACACUAGGCCAAAUGUAGCAAAGAUGGUGUAGGGAAGCAAUUGUGACUUUGAUUUCUACAGAAUGGAGAUCCUGGUCCUCAAAUAUGUAUUGAAAUAAUAUCUUCUGGCCCUCACAACUCCUUUAAUCAUGGAGAAGUGGGCAUUAGCCGUAGUUAUACAUCUGUGUGAGAUGGAAACUCCUCUCCAGCUGGCCUGCAGGCUAAGAAAAGAACUUCUAGUGAUACCAUCAUGGGGAAGGGAUGCCUUGUACCAAGAAUGCACCUGGGGGCGUGUGAGCCCCAAAAGUAUUAAUGCAGCUCAGUAGGAAGGCCCUAAUUAAUAUAAGCCAAGGCUGCAUCCCAGAACCCUUGAGUUCAAUACCAAGGCUCGAACCUGCAACACAUGAAGUACUUGCCAAAUUGCUUCGGAGCACUUUCCAAGCAGCACUCUUGCAUAUCCUGUAUGCACUUUAAUUUUGGACUUACUGGUAAUGGGGAAAGUAGCUAAGAGUGCCACCUUUGAGUUGCUGAUGAAUGUGAAUGUCAGGUAUAUCUAACCCUGUCCAGUACAACGUGUGACCCACCACAUAUAGUGGAUCUUCCCGAAUGCUUGAAUGACCCUCUUGUGUUUACUGUAUGCCUGAGAUAGCAAAAACCAGGGUUUGGGGUGGGGGUAAUAUCAAGUACACAUGUUCUUCUCCAAGUCAGCUGUGUCACACAUUUGCACAGACCUACGGUAGUCUACCUCCACCGUGUUGCCUUCUCCAGCCCUGGUGCAAUUCCAGAAAGUGCACAGCCCUAAUCUCAUGUGAAUACCUUGGAAUAGGUAAGAUGCUGUCCUAAUGUCCCUCUUGUGUCCAUCAAAAGUGCCUGCGUUGAUUUUUUGUUUGUUUGUUUGAACUCUGUUGAAUUGGAAACUUGAGCUUCAUAACAUGUUUAUAUACAAUUCAAUUUGCUUGGACUCUUAUUUUUACAAGGGGGGAGGAGACAGUGGGAUCACAGGACAGAGUGAAGGACCCUUCUCAAUAGCCACUCAGGUUAUGUGGUUAGGGGGAGGGAUAGGCAAAUCUGUCAAUUUCAGUUUCCAUCCAUUUUUUAAUUUUUCCAAUCUUCAGUUAUCCUCAUUUCCAUACCAGUUUGCAAUUUUUUGUCUCAAAAGCGCUCGUUAAAGUUCACCAGCAUUUUAUUGUGCAUUUCUUCUAAUGUACAUAUUUUUCUAUGAAAUUUUGCCUAAUAUACACAUUUUUGCAAAGCAGUUUUCCCCAGAAUAAUCCAUUUUUGUAUUUUAUAUCCACUAAUAUAUAUGCAUUGUUAUGCACACUUCCCUAUAGUGGAUGUGUUUUUGUACACAUCACUUGGCUGGAGAACGGCAUUGCGAAAUUUGGAAAGUACAAACCUUGCAGCGUGCCUGUGUUUUGGUUCGCAUAUCAUUUUGGAUCACUGAAGCUGCAGGCUAAUUCUCUGGAGGAGAGAACCAUUUUGUACACAGCAGUUGCCCAGUUUCACACUUGAACGGAGUCCUUCCUUCAAAGCUUUUGGUGUUAACCCAACCUGUAGAUAAAUGUCGAAAGCAAAUUGUGUGCUAGUGGAUUGACAUCCUGGAUCUGAAGGCAAAAUUGCUUUUCCACACAGCAAUGGUGACAGAACCCAGAAUCUGACCACUGUCAUCUUUCCCACGCAGAAGUAUCAAAGCAUGGAGCAGCCAUCCAGCUCUGGAAGCAGAGAUUGGCCACAGUCUCCUACAUGUGUACACGCUUUGGGGUCUGCUUGAAAUAAAGCAGUAUAUAAACAUUGGCAAUAAAAUAAAUAUAUGUGCCAAAAGAGACAUGCAGGUUGCAUUUCACGUGUGUGUUUUUCACAGCAGGGGGGUAUCUGGAGUGUAUAAGAUGAUGCUCAUUUCCAGGCAAUUAGCCUGCGGUUUAGGGGAUCCAAAUCAUUCUUUGCUGAAUAAAGGGGGCUGUUUGAUCAUGACAGGGAACUGAUCUCCAGCAACGAGAAUGGUCCACUUUUGGUUGGGCGCAGCAAAGUCUUGCUGUGACAUCUGUGGCUCUGUGUGGCGGUUGCUGUGAGCCUCUGUUGGUGAUGAAAAGGCAAACGCAGAGAACACAGGUUGUUGCUGCCUCCCUCUUCAGAAUGAUCAAGCAGCUUAUGCAACACAGGCUGAAGAACCAACUUUCCCGCAGUCACGUUCAGCCUCUUUGCAUAGCCAGUUAGCACAGGGCGCUUUAAAUCGAAGCCUUCCCGUGCCCUUUGGCUCUUGCAGGUUCUCAGGAGACAGUGGUGCCCCCUCUUGCAUGCUCUGUCGCUCUCUUCCCCCCCCCUUCCUUCCUCCACCAGCACUGCCCUAGCUAGGCAAUCUAGGUGCUGUCUUUCCACCCCCACACACAGAUGCCCUGGUUGCUCGCUCCUCCUCUGCCCCCCAAGCUUUAGCAGGCAGUGGUGGGAAAGAAGCAGGUUCCUUCAUCUUUCCUCCCCAAAAACAGUUUUUCAGUGUGGAGGUUGGGAAAGGGGUUUUUGAAAAAUGGGGGGGAUGUUGUGCUGGCUGGUGCUUUGGAGCACUUCCUUGCCACACAAUGAUGUCAUGUUCAUUUGCCGCCACCUUGCCCCUAUCCUAGGCCUGGCAUGCAUUUGGAGGACCCUGGGCUGUGAGGGCCCUAGACGUGGCCCCUGGCCUUAAUAACUCUCAUGAAAAACAUUGAAGCUGCCUCACGUCACAUGCACAGCAUACGUGUAAAGCAUGUUUAGUGCAUGUUUAAAGCACCAUGGCUUUUCCCAGUGAAUCCUAGGAGCUGUAGUUUGGCAAGGGUACUGGGAAUUGUAGCUCGGUGAGGGAGGAA